ACUGACUUAACACAGCGAUGCCCUGUAGCCUGGGAGCAACUGUGUCAGACACACACAACACGGCAGGAUUAUGGACUGGGAAAUCGCAGGUCUGGCGCUGUUAUCUCUGGCCUUGUUGAUCUCACUGUGUCUCAACGUCUUCCUGUGCAUGAGACGAAGAACCUCCAUGUGCAGAGAUAAAGAAGACUGCUGCUACCCACACACAUACGACGUAGAAGUCCCGUCACAGGACGAAGGCUUUUAUUUUCGUGACCUCAGUCAUCGCGAAGAGCAGGAAAGUCCCCGCAGUCGUCACGAGCAGCAGGAAAAUCCAAUCUAUGGCAACAUCAGCUCAGAAGUUUGUUAUGAGAUGAUGACCAUGCGACACAAAAGAGAUAUUACACAGCCUCUGGAGCGGGACGUGAACUACGCCUCCCUGGAUCUAAAGAUGGCAAAGAAACGCAAGAGGAGGCAGCGCCAUCGGCAGCAAAACCACCACCAGGAGGAGCUGCCACAUCACCUCACGCCUCCCGGGGCGACCACGUUCCUGGACGUGGACGGGGACGCGGACGCUCGCCUCCCGCCCAGGGACACCAGCACCAUGGUGUCCCACAGCAGCAUCUACCUCAACAGUCAACAGAUCGCUCAGGAGGCGGAGGAGAUGGAGCGAGAGAGGAGCGUCAACAUGGAGAGGGAGGCGGAGGGAUGGGAGGAUGAGGGGAUGGCGAGGGAAUGGGACGGAGAGCAAGCGAGUGUGGAGGGGAAGGAUUUUGGGAACGGGGCCGCUUGUUUACAGGAUAAUCAGAUAGAUCAUUUUCCUCAGCACCUUUUGUCAUGA